UUCACCUCAUAGCCUCAGCAGCCUGAGCCAGUGUCCUCAAGGGCCUGCCAUUCUCAGGUUCUUGGACCUUUCCCUUCUGAGUACCCAGACCUCCCUGGGCAAUGUCGGAGGCCAGGAUCAGCUCUUGCUGGGAUUGGCUCCUGUCAGCCCUAGAGAACCACAAGGGACAGCCUGACCAUGGAAGCUUUGGGCUCCACCAGUCUGGGAUUCUCAGGAUCUCUUCCCAGGCCAUCCCUCUCAGCCCAUCCAGGUCCUGUGGUGAAGCCAGGGGAAGAGGUGAUCUUCUGGUGCAGGAGGCCGCCAGGGCCCUAUGAAUGGCUGGUGACGUUCAGUCUGCUGAAGGCGGGGAGGCCAAAGUCCUUAGAGGAAAAGGAGAUACACUUUUCUCAAGCCAAUUUCUUCCUGAAGUCUCCGAGUGUCCAGGAUUCCGGGAACUACAGCUGCAUGUACUAUGAGACUUUCUGCCCACAAGUCAGGUCAGAAGCCAGUGAGACCCUGGAGGUCUGGGUGACAGACAGCCUUCCCAAGCCCUCACUCUCAGCCCGGCCCAGUUCCAAGGUAACCUCAGGGGAUAACAUAACCCUCCUGUGUCAGGGGCCAUCCCGAGGUGUGGAGUUUGCUCUGUACAAGGAUGGAGAGGAGAUGCCUGUGAGCACCCGUGAGCCCACCCAGCAGGGGGCAGAGUUCCCCUUCAUCCAUGUGAACAUCAACCAGACUGGAAAGUACAGGUGCUCUUAUCUCCUUGGCAGAGAGAGUCAAGUCCUGGCCCUGCCCAGUGAUCCCCUGGAGCUUAUAAUACAAGACUCUACCCAGUCGGUUUAUUUUGUGAUCAAUCUCGUUCGCAUCAGCCUGGUUGGAUUGGUCCUCCUUGUCAUGGGGAUACUUUUGGUCAGUGAGUGGAACAGCCUGAGGAGUUGAGGAUGAGCCAGAAAAUGUCUGCCUGGAGCAGUAAGGCUGGACAGACAGAGAUCAAAGGAUACCAGGAACUUCAAACUAACCAGCAAGUAUCGAGGGAAAGAGAUUAGGCAACUCUGGGCAGCAUGAGAAGACUUGGAUCCAAACCCAGCUAAUGUCCAGAGCUGAUCAUCAGAAACCUUCUGUCUCCUUCCAUUGGCCCAGUACCACCUGCUUCCUGCUCUCCAGCCCUGCUUCUUUUCAUGCUGUAUCACUAGGUCCUCUCCUCUCCAGAUUCCCUUCAUACACAUGUCAUGAAUGUGUGUUCCCAGGUUUUAUUAAUAAAGAGAAAAGAUAAAACAUAUUUCCCAAAUGGCAAA